AUUCAGGUGUGCGUCCGUGGGUACGGGAGGUACACUCGUUACACCUACGACGCGCUAUUCAGGUGUGCCCAGCGGAGUAUCUCCGUUUACGCCAUGUCUACGGUUCGAACACGGUAACGGAAGAUUUGUCACCGCAGUUUCCACCAAGAGAGAGAUCUUCGGCCAAGAGUUACGCGGUUUAUUACGUCAGUUGUACCGGCUGCGCCCGUCCUAUUCGGUGUACGCUUCGACGGUCUACAGUUCAGUCGUCGCUCUGGCUUCUUGCCCGCAACGUGUUCGGUGUACCGAUUGUAACGCGGAAUCCAACUCGACUAUUUCCUCGGAUUUCUUUAAUAAAUUUCACAGAUAUGCCCACGUAUGUAUAAGUAAGAUAUCGACUCGACCGAAUACUUAUUAUCGCAUCGAACAUAAUUUAAUAAUAAUUUAUCAGGACUAUCGGAGUUUUAUCAAAAAACCGGUAUUAUCAUAAUUGUACCCACUCGCAGCCGAAUUCGGUAUCACGAAUCACCUCAAUCGCGUCGAUCCCCUCGCGGAGAUGGGUAUACGUCGACCCGGAUGAAUGGAAGAUAAAGAUGUGUUCGGCCGAACGGAAUAUAAUUAAUCGGAGAUUCAGUUUCUCGCAUUUUGCGGGAUACGAAUUGAAAUAAUCAGUGUUGAAAAGUGGAGUUCGGCGUGAAUUCAACUACCUGCAAAGUAGGCGGACGGGCACGUACAUAGGGAGUAAGUCCGUUGCGGUUGUAGAACGAAUGAAAUCGAAGCUGCGUUAGGUGUGUUUUGUGUCUGUACGCGUAACGGGAACGCAAGUUAUGUACGAACACCACGUUGUGCAGCAGCGGUGUCGGACACAGAAGUCAGUCGGCGACGUAACAUUGACAAAAGUUUAUUAGUAUCAAUUCAGAUCUGUUAAGCGAAUUAAUUUCCACCACUGGCCUAUAAACAAAGUCCCGUUCGAUACAUUUCGGAAAGAAGAUGUGACGCGAUCGAUUCUCGCAGCCGUUUAUACUGGAAUUUACUCGUAAAAAAGGAACUCUUCUCCUUUCGAAGAAGGAAGAUAAUAUCCUCGGUCGUCCGUGUCCCGUUGGAAUCCCGGGGGAUGUAGUGUGACGUCGAACGGUUAACGUGAAAGCUAAAGAGGCCCGCACAAGUCGACGAUGCCAGACGGCCCCAUCUGGAGUCCGCAUGGAUGUGGUCCUCACGAAAAUUGGACUCGAGUUUGAAUAUUUGAGCGGCACCACUUUCGUCCCUGACGUCGCAUUUGCCAUUGCCAUUGCUUCCCGUCGUCUCUUCGACAGAGCUGGUUAAAGUUCUCGCUGAGGGCGCCAAACGAUGGGGAAAAAGUCCUUGGGGCGGAGCGGUCGAAGAACCAUGUCGAAGUCGCGCCUCGUGUCCCGCCAAAAGACGCGGAGAUGUCCAUCGGAGAGGUGACGGUUCACUCGGCAAUGCGAAAGAAACGAGGUCCGAAGAGUGCCUUGUUGGGCCUGAUUUUGGGUUUCGUUGGUGGCUUUUUUGUCGCGAAUUUCCGACUGAUCGUACCGCUCGGAAGAACGCCGAAGAACGAUACCUGCGGUUACCCGGGGUCGCAGCGCGUCUUCCAGGGUCUCCCGAUCAAAAUAAAUUCGAUGGACCCAAUGGACAUAGUGCAUCUUUCCAAGGACGACAACGUCAAUAACAGUGCGACCAAUUUGGUUUUCGUCGGUGUUAUGACGGCCCAAAAAUACCUCGACAGUCGAGCCAAGGCCGUUUUUGAAACUUGGGGCUCGGAAUUACCGGGGAAAAUCGCAUUUUUUUCAUCCGAGACUUCAACUGUGCCGGAUAAUUGCCCGGAUCUUCCCCUGGUCGCGUUGCCCUACGUCGACGACAGUUAUCCUCCCCAAAAAAAGUCGUUUCUAAUGCUUCAGUACAUGUGGCAGCACUUUGGUGAUAAAUUCGAGUGGUUCCUGAGGGCAGAUGACGACGUCUACGUCAGGACCGAUCGUUUGGAGAAACUCCUCAGAUCCGUCGAUUCGAAAUUGCCCAGGUACAUCGGGCAGGCCGGAAGAGGUAAUUCCGAAGAAUUUGGACUUUUAUCGCUGGAAUAUGACGAAAACUUCUGCAUGGGCGGUCCGGGAGUGGUUGUGUCGAGGGAAACUCUGAGAAGAGUUGUACCACACAUCAGAUAUUGUCUGAAAAAUUUGUACACCACACACGAAGAUGUUGAGCUCGGAAGAUGCGUCCAAAAAUACGCGGGGAUUCCGUGCACGUGGAGCUACGAGCAGAUGCAGUCAAUACUUUAUCACAACAGUAGCGGGGAUCAAGCGUUCACCGGAAACCUGAAGCGUAAAGAGGUCCACAGAGCCAUAACUUUGCAUCCGGUUAAAAGUCCCCCUUACAUGUAUAGGUUACACAAUUACAUGCGGGGCUUACGCAUACGUGAACUGCAGCACCUCAAAGUUCAACUGCACAGAGACAUACGGUCGAUGAUGACGGAACUUCGAAUCAAUCCCGAUGCCAUUCAGGAAUAUGAGCUGGCGAAAAAUUUUUCACUCUUUCCUCAAAAAUCCGGCACCGCCGACUAUCUCGGGGACAACCAAGUGCUGGGCGUUUCAGCUGGGCUACGCGCAUUUCGGCCGAAAAAGGCGAGCGAAGUUAUUCCUUGGGACUUCAUAUCCAGGUCGGAGUACAGUUUACUGGACAGUAAUCCUAGGAGAAGGAUUCACAACGACGUGAAAGAGGGUUUGGAGGAUAUCACCAGGGAAGUUAUGGCUUCUAUAAACGCCUGUUCGAGGCAAAGGGGUCGCGUCGUUGAGGAAAGAUCUAUUCUUUACGGCUACAGACGCGUCGACGCUUACGGGGCAGACACCGUUCUAGACCUCUUAUUAGUGUACAGGAAAUACAGGGGGAGGAAAGUUACGCUUCCCGUACGAAGGCACGUCUAUGUCCACCAACAUUUUACCGGUCUGGAAAUUCGAGAAGUGCUAGACGGAGUCGAGGUGAUUCCAGAGGCAGGGGAGGCACAGGAAGAACAAAAAUCCCUGCAAAGCGUUCUCAGAAACAGUUUCCUCGGCUUGAAGUUCAACACUUACCAAAACGUGGACCCUAUCAAAAGCAAAGUGAUACAUUUCUUGCUUCCGUUGUCCGGUAGAUUUGAGAUUUUUCGAAGAUUCGUCAAAGUUUACGAACAAAUUUGUUUGGUGCCGAGUGAAAAUACGGAACUUUUGAUAAUAUUGUUCGCUCACAGGAUUGAAAAUACCAUGAACGAAACGAUAUCUCUCGUCAACGACGUCAAAAAUAAAUACCCCGGUGCUAAAAUCGAUCUGAUCACAUCGCACAGAAACUUUUCCAGGGCUGUCGCCCUUGAGAUCGGUGUGUCGAAAUGUAAAGACGACGAUCUUCUGUUCUUCAUCGACGUCGAUAUCGUCUUCACCAACUCAGCCCUGCACAGAAUUCGUCUCAACACUGUUUACAUGAAACAAUUAUACUUUCCGAUAGUUUUCAGUCAGUUCGAUCCGAAGGUGGUGUACGACGAUGCCAAAAGACGAGACAGUUACGUGAUCAGUAACUACAACGGAUACUGGAGAGAAUAUGGUUUCGGUAUAGCGUCGCUUUACAAAAGAGAUUUUAGGUUUAUAGGUGGGUUCGAUCUUUCCAUUCGGGGAUGGGGAAAAGAAGACGUAGAUCUUUUCGAAAAAGCAGUCCGCUCGAACCUUACGACAUUCCGAGCACCCGAUAAACAUCUCAUUCACGUUUUCCACGAUGUUGAUUGUGAUCCGAACCUUUCGGGAUCUCAGCUGAUGAUGUGCGAAGGAUCCAGAGCGGACACUUACGCCGGAACCGAUCAGUUGGCCAAUAUCAUUUACGGACACCCGGAGUAUUUGAGAUAUGCGAAAACCUUGAAGUCCAGGAUCACCACGCCAGCUGCGUGAUCGGUGAGGAAAAUAUCGAUAUUACACGUAGAGAGUAUCGGCCUAUGAUUCUAUCUUGUAGAAGUGGAUUUCGGUAAAUCGAAGCGGAAGAAUAGGCGAUGUUCUCGGCCUACGUGCAUUCUGAUUUCUAUAUAAAUCACACCUAUAGAAUAAAUUAAGUCAGUUUCUUAGGGAAUUUUUUUUAUGCAAAGGCUCCGGAUUAAGCGAGUAUUUAGAAUAAGGAAGAUGCAUGAAUCGAUUGUUAUCGAUUGAUAAACUGUGUUAGGGACAAUGGAAAAAAAAAUUUCAUUGAACGGCGCAGUGGAGGUAAUAUAAUAAUAUAAGGUCUAUAUAAUUGUAUAUUUUACACACAUGAAAUAAUUGUUAUUGAUCAAAGAUAGAACAAAUAAUUGUAAAAUGAAAUAAAUGUGAUAUAUCGUGCCUCGCCUAAAA